CCAUAUAGGCUGUUGACAAGAGACUCGUCUCCCAUUCCUUUUCUUUCACCAGCGUGCGAAGUAUUCGUCGACGAAACAAACAAUGACGGAAGGAGAUUUUGAAGUGCGUUUGGUUUGAAWGUGUUUUGAUGUAGUAKAUCGGAAACAAAUCGUAAACAAACGAAGUCUUCGUGUCUGUUGUGUUGGGUGGUGUUUAAUUUUCCCUAGUSUUUACCCUCACGUUCUUUUGUACCGGCAUUCUCCAUUGAUUGCAAAACCGAAUGCAAACGAAACCAAMCCAUCGAACGAACGCYACCGCGAUACGCACGCGAAGUAUCCCGAAUUCUACUCCUUCCCACCCUUUUUCACGAUCCAACCGGUGGAAGCAACGCGGCAAAAACAGCUAGCGCUGUGGAGGGAACUCAUUCUGAAAUACCACACGCAGAACAAGCUGAAAACACUGGUGGUCCACGAAUGCCCCCUCUGGAAAAACGAUAGCAUCGGCCGCAAGCUGGACGAGACCGCGGUGCGGACCGUCUGCUCGGACCUGGUCGACUCCGGCCACGGCGAAUGGCUCGACGAGGAGGAAACCGCGUGCCGGAUCCUGUGGAGGAAACCGGAGGAACUCGCAACGGACGUGUACGAGUGGGCCUCCCAAACGGGCAACGUCGGGGGCGGGAUCUGCACCCUGUACGAGCUGCACUCCGGGGAGGACGUCAACGGGGCCAGCUUCGAGGGGAUCGACGAGGAGCUGCUCCGGCGGGCCCUGGCGAUCCUGGAGGACGAGGGMAAGUGCACGGUCUUUCAGGGAGAGACCUCGUCCGAGGACGGAAUCAAGUUCCAUUGAUCGGGGGAAGGGUGGGGCGCCGUCCAGAGUGCUUCGAUUCGAGACCGGUGCAACGCGGCAUGGCUGCUUUGUGGUGCUGCCGCAAACGGAGCCUCCGGCGAUCGAAGGCAAACCUUUUCCGCGSUCCGGCAGCCCUAGAUUGCACAAACCGACRAACAGAAACCAACACACGGGCAGAGAGAUGGAUGGAUGGAUGGGCGUGUUGUUCUCUAGAACUUCGCACCUCGUGUUGUCUGCUUUUUGUCGCAUCCUCGAGCGAAUGAGUCGAACGCCAAAACACGGAGAGAAAGCUCUUGGUGACCAGUUGCCAUUUUCGAAUCCAAAACAGUUGGCAAUGCACGGGCGUCAUCAAACGCACCUCUAAUYAUACUGUAAACCAUACAAUCAUAUAUCCGGUGACGUUAUAAGU